GCUGCCGGCGAGGGGAAACACAAAUACUGCAAGGUCAGAGAUGAGAGUCAGUUUGUGAGGGGGGGAUAGAGAUAGAGAGAGAGAGAGAGAGAGAGAGAGGCUGGAAACACAGACAGACAGAGAGAGACGGAGGCGUCGAGGUCCACCUGGCAGGCCGUCCUCAGUUUCGUCUCACAACAAGAUGGAUUCAGAGAACAACGAGUCGGGAGUGUGUGGCUGCUGUGGGCCGCUCAGGCCGAGGUACAAACGCCUGGUGGACAACAUCUUCCCCGAGGACCCCAAAGAUGGCCUCAGUAAAUCUGACAUGGAGAAGCUGACCUUCUACGCCGUGUCGGCUCCAGAGAAACUGGACCGGAUCGGAGCGUACCUGGCCGAGAGGCUGAGCAGAGAUGUGGUGCGACACCGCUACGGGAAUGUGGUGAUCGCCAUGGAGGCUCUGGACCAGCUGCUGAUGGCGUGCCACUCUCAGAGCAUCAAGCCCUUCGUGGAGAGUUUCCUGCACAUGGUGGCCAAGCUGCUGGAGUCCAGAGAACCAGACCUGCAGGUCCUGGGGACCAACUCGUUUGUGAAGUUUGCCAACAUUGAGGAGGACACGCCGUCUUACCACCGCCGCUACGACUUCUUCGUGUCCCAGUUCAGCGCCAUGUGCCACUCUACUCACGAAGAGACCGAGACCAGGACCAGGAUCCGCGUGGCCGGGAUCAAAGGUCUGCAGGGCGUGGUGAGGAAAACGGUGAACGACGAGCUGCAGGCCAUCAUCUGGGAGCCUCAGCACAUGGACAAGCUGAUCCCGUCCAUGCUGUUCAACAUGCAGGACAGCGACGACCUGGACAGGGCAGGGCAACCCGGCACGCCGUCGGGGGUGGGUCAGGACGGGGAGGAAAACCCGGCGGCGCUGGCGGAGAGCUGCUUCAGAGAGCUGCUGGGCAGGGCGGCCUACGGCAACAUGAACAACGCCGUCCGACCCGUGUUGGUUCACCUGGACAACCACAACCUGUGGGACCCCAACGAGUUUGCCGUUUCCUGCUUCAGAAUCAUCAUGUACUCCAUCCAGGCUCAGCACUCCCACCACGUCAUCCAGCAGGUUCUGAAUCACCUGGACAACCACAACAAGAACACACCGCGGGUCAGAGCCGGCAUCGUCCAGGUCCUCCUGGAGACGGUGGCCAUCGCCGCCAAAGGCUCAGUGGGUCCCACAGUGCUGGAGGUGUUCAACACUCUGCUCAAACACCUGAGGAUCAGCGUGGACUUCGAGCUGGGCGAGACCUCGAGGAGAAACUCCAGCACCAGCGUUUCGUCCGGCCGCGGCAAAGAGAGCGAAGAGCGGUUCGUCCAGAACGCCAUCAUCCAGACCAUCGGCUUUUUCGGUGGAAACCUGCCAGACUACCAGCGAGCUGAAGUCAUGAUGUUCAUCAUGGGCAAAGUGCCAGUGUACGGUACCCCCUGCCACACCUUGGACACCGUCAAGAUAGGGCAUCAGGGUACCAAGCGGAUCCAGACCAUGCUACUCAGCUCUCUCAUCAUGGUAACCUCUGGCUUUAAGUCCAAGUCCAUGGCAGCUGCGUUGCCUCCUCCCUUCCUGGAUCCGCUCUUCUCCAUCUCUCUGAUGGAGGACAGCGAGCUGAGGCAGCUGGUGCUCGAGAUCCUGCACAACAUCAUCGAUCGCCAUGACAACCGCGCCAAGCUACGCGGCAUCAGAGUCAUUCCUAACGUCGCAGCGUUGAAGAUUAAAAGAGAGAAGAUCUCCAAGCAAGAUGUUGCAUUCAUGAAGAAGCAUGGCCAGCAGCUCUACCGUCACAUCUACCUGGGCUGCAAGGAGGAGGAGAACGUCCAUAAAAACUUUGAGCUGCUCUUCACCACCCUGGCAAUCCUGACCAUCGAGCUGGCCAACGAGGAAGUGGUCAUCGACCUCAUUCGGCUCUCCAUCGCUCUACAGGACAUGGCUCUGGCGAACGAGGAGAACAUGCCGAUAUUUAUUCGCUGUGGCAUCAUGGCGUUGGUGGCGGCGUACCUCAACUUCCUGAGCCAGAUGAUUGCAAACCCUCCUUUCUGUCAGCACGUCAGCAAGGUUAUUGAGCUGAGGACCAUGGAUGCUCCGUACCUCCUCCCAGAGCACAUCUUCAGAGACAAGUGUCCAUUCCCUGAAUCUCUGGACAAGGAGGACAGAGCGCUGUACUUCCAGACGGCCGACAUGGCCGAGUGUCUGGCGGGACCGGGAUACAACGCAGAGAGGCUCUCCAUCCCGUACGUUCCCCAGGUCACAGAUGAAGAUCGACUGACCAGGAGGAAGAGUUUCGUGGACACAAUCUCCCUUCAAGUGGACAUCGUGUCCAACAACCUUCCAGACAAGUCCCAGCUAGCGGAGGAGAUCACGUUUGAGACCCUGAAGAAGGCCAUCGAUACGACGGGUCUGGAGGAGCAGGAGAGGGAGAAGAGGCGUCAGGUGAUGGAGAAGUUCCAGAAAGCUCCGUUUGAGGAGAUCGCUGCUCACUGCGAAUCCAAGGCGAACAUGUUGCACGACCGGCUGGCGCAGAUCUUUGAACUUACAAUUAGGCCUCCACCCAGCCCGUCCGGAGUGGUUUCCAUCUCAUCGGGACACACUCAGCACCAGUCCGUCCCCGUCUACGAGAUGAAGUUCCCAGACCUGUGUGUCUACUGACCACACACACACACACACACACACACACACACACACACACACACACACUCACACACAUUCACAAAAAAAUAGCUGAAAUGCAAAAAGAAAGAAGGACACAAUCACAAUCUGUACUCCGGUUUCCAGUUUCUAUUCACAACCAGCAUAAAGGUUUCACGCAAAAUGCAGCAAAACAGACGUAAUCAGUUUGAUAUAAAGACGAGUUGAGUCUUCUGUAAACGGUACUUCUGAAUCCAAACAUGUGCAUUGAUUAUUUAAAUACUUGGAUCCUUAACUAAACUUAAAGCAGAUUAUCUCCAGCAGCUCUAAACCAACUGAUUUGCUGCACUUUGUUGGCUGAAACUAAACUAAACGUUUGAGAAGAACAAACACAAAUGAAACGGCUUCCUCUCUGAGGCUUCAGCGUCUGAAUCUGAUGUUGCUUCCCAGCAUGCCUCUGGUCGAGCCAAAGCUUCACACCUUGUACAUAAAAUUAAACUCCCGCUUCGGGGUUUAAAACUUGA